CGCGCAGUGCGACUCCGGAGGCGCGGGCUGGCCCCUCAGCCGGUUUGGAUCCGGGUCGGUUAGGCCCCGCGAUCGGGUAACGACAAGCUGGGCGGACCGGACUGGUUCACGGGAGCGCCCCAGCUGCAAGGAGGGGGAAGAAAUGGAGAACUUUGGUUAGCCAAGAGGUUUGAUGAAGUGGAUAUCAUUUAAAGACUCAUCUACAGAACACUAUUAUUAACGGGUACAUCCAUAGUAGUGUAAAAACUUUCACAAUGAAAUCUGAAGCCAAGGAUGGAGAAGAGGAGAGUCUACAAACUGCUUUCAAGAAAUUAAGAGUGGAUGCAUCAGGGUCCAUAGCGUCUCUGUCUGUCGGAGAAGGCACAAGUGUCAGAGCAUCCGUCAGAACAGCAGCAGAGGAUACCAAACCUAAAGCCACGUGUGCAUCUAAAGAAAGCUGGCAUGGGUCUACAAGGAAGUCUUCACGAGGAGCAGUGAGAACACAGCGCCGUCGACGUUCUAAGUCUCCUGUCCUUCAUCCUCCAAAGUUCACGCACUGUGGCACAGUGUCUGCUCCCUGUGGCCGCCUCCGGCAUGGAAGCCAGACCGACGCCCCUGACGGCGGCAGUGGGCUGGGAAUUCCAGCCCCCAGAGAGUUCAGUGCAGGAGAAUGCUCUACUUCUCUCCAUACUAGUCAAACAGGGCCAGUUGUUGAGCCUUUGAGAACUUCGGUUCCAAAGCUCCCAUCAGAGAGUAAGAAGGAAGACUGCUCUGAUGCUACCCAAGUCUCCCAAGCAAGUCUCAAGGCCAGUGAUCUCUCUGACUUCCAGUCUGUUUCCAAGCUAAACCAGGGCAAGCCGUGUGCAUGCAUAGGCAAAGAGUGCCAGUGUAAGAGAUGGCAUGAUAUGGAAGUGUAUUCCUUUUCAGGCCUGCAGAAUGUCCCUCCCUUGGCCCCAGAACGAAGAGCCGCGCUUGAGGACUACUCUCAGUCGCUCCACACCAGAACUCUGUCUGGCUCCCCCCGCUCCUGUUCGGAGCAAGCUCGAGUCUUUGUGGAUGAUGUGACCAUUGAGGACCUGUCAGGCUACAUGGAAUAUUACUUGUAUAUUCCCAAGAAAAUGUCCCACAUGGCAGAAAUGAUGUACACCUGAUAGCAAGAAGCUGAUUGAUACGCUUUAAACCAAUGAAGGUUGUCAGACAGAUGUAGUUAAUGGCAGACCUUGCAGCCACUUUGUGUGAGAAGAUACCUUCUGCUCACUGUGCUUGCAAUAAAAACUUUUCUUGGCAUCUCA